AUGAGAACAAGCGCUACUCUGUUUCAACCUCCCCCAAUUUCAAAAAUCCCAACCCCCGAACCCUACGCCGCCGGGACGGCAACUCUCGCGCCUCCGGCCGCCGCGUACCGCUCGCCGUGGCACUCGCCGGUGCCGUACCUAUUCGGCGGCCUGGCGGCGAUUCUGGUACUCAUAGCGCUCGCCCUCCUCAUCCUCGCCUGCUCCCACUUGAGGCCCUCCGACGACGACGGCGGCGGCUCCGCCGAUAAAGAUGACCACGGCUCCGACGGCGGCGACCCACCGGUUUACGUGGAGAAGGUCCUGGUCAUCAUGGCAGGGGAAGUGCGGCCCACCUUCCUGGCCGAGCACGCUCCUCCGAGCAUGAAAAAAUCGUGUUCUAAUGAUGGAAAAAUGAUUGUUACGAGUGAAUUAGGCAAAGGAGAAAAUGAUAACGAGAGGCGGGAAAAUGGGAGUGAUUGUGCUCAAGAAUUGCAAAUCGGGCAAUAA